AUGCGAAGUCGAGUCGGUGAGCGAGGCCUCUAUCGCCUCUUGGGCUUUGGCGGAGGCGGCUUCGGCGUCCCCGUAGUAUCGUACGCACCACGGCCCAUGUUGGAGGAUUCGGAUUCUCUGAGGAUCAUUUUGAAAUUUGGUCUUCUGUGGAAUGACAAGCACUGA